AACCAUUCUUGAUUCGGGAACACAAAAAAUCACUUAAUUCGUUCAGAACUCUUCUAACAAUUCAAAGUGCUGGGCAAGAGAAACUCUUUGUUUAAAAAUAGUUUCUAUUUAGCACACACUAUCUUAUCUAGUUAAAGUGGCUAAUGCCCCGCUGAUAGUGUAAGGCAGCAUUUUCUAAUCUCAAUCAGCAAUCAAACACGAGGGGGCCUUUUCAAUCAUGGCAAAGUCACAUAGGUUAGAGUCUUCAGCUUCCAUCUUCAUUAAUUUUCCACUAUCGGAAAAUUUCAAUCAGCAUUGCAACAAUGUACAUUCAUAAUUUAGGAAGGUCAAAGCCAUUUCGAGCUUCAAAUUGACACCUGACCUUGGGAGGCCUUCUGCAAUUAGUCAUUACUGGCCAGACAUCCGCCCAUCCUUGGGAAAACUUUCACUGAUUUCGGAGGCCGGAGAAGAAGCCCUCAUCAAUCAUCAAAUAUUCCAAUGCAAAUUAGGAGGAGGCUCGCCCCCGCAUACCGAGUGGAAUAAUAAAUCAGGAAACCCUGUGACAACUGCUACAGUUUGCUUCUCUUGUGUAAAUCCAGCAAAUGUCAAGUGUUGCAGUUGCUGCAGCGGCUGCUGUUGUUGCAUGUUGGCUGGUGUUGUUUUUGCGGGGCAUAAAUCAUGGGAAAGGUCAAAGUGCACACGCCUACGGCAUGUUGGCGACACCAACAUCGAAACUCUGAAAACACAUGGUCGCCCGAUGUCUGAUGUCUGCAACAAUUGUCAAGUGGGCAGCAACAGUCGUUGCUGUUGCAGCAUGAUUUAUGCACCCAGCAGCAACACCAGCGGGCAAUUUCGGUUGCUGUUGGAGUUUAUUUAGUUUUAUCAGUGGACACGACCUACUUGUACCACCCACUAUCAAAGAACGCAGUUAAUCGAAGGCCAUUUGGUCUUAUCAAGUGGUAAAUAUUAUCAGACAGUUGGUAAUCAGUAAUUCCCCUGGCUACGAGCUGCUUUUUAAACAAGUUUCGGUGGGCAGAACAUUUUGUGGCCCACCGUUGAACUUGAACUUUGUUUUGUGUCUGCAAAUUGCCAGCGAUAAAUUCAGCAAUGCAUCACUGGCAAAGAGCAACACUCCCCCUCCUGCUGCCAGCAACAUUGACAGUCAAAUUAAAGUUGGCAAUUUUGCAGCGGGUUCUGCUGUUGCCUUAGCCAUUUAGCAUGUGGCCCCUUGGACCGACCGCCUGUUUUAUCCCCUUCUAUAUCUCUGUUUUUUAUUUUCUGACUGCGUGUCGCUCGCAGCUGAUGCAUAACCGUUUUACGCUCCGUUGCCUUCAACGUGCAAAUGAACUGCAGCAAAAGCAACAGCAACAGCAACAGCAGCAACAUCAGCCACACGAGCAACAUCAACUACAGCAGCAACAUCAAGCUCCCCUUCUUAGACCCUCUAUCGCAGUUUGAGAUGCACUGUGUGGGGCUUUUUAGGGGAAAAGCAGCCAUCUCUCUUUUUCGUCUCAUUUUAAUUUCAAUGUAGUUUUUUGCUCCUCCUAUUUCCCUUCUCAAUUUGCAUUUUUCCUUUGCUGCCUGCAAUGCUUGACUUUUAGUUUUUUAAGCGCGUGUUUCCUUUCAAAUCUUCUCUUUGCUGUUCAUUGAAGUGUUUGCCGCAUUUUUCCUGUAUUGCAGACAUUAAGAUAGCUUGAAUAGGAUAUUAUCAGCAAUAAUGAAAAUAACAUUAUUGGAGAAAAGGUAUAUAGUCUGAGAACAAAUUUUCUAAUAAAUGAGCAUAUGCAUAAGCAAUUAUUCUAAUGGCUUUUGAAGUCCAGACCCGUGACCCCAACACAAUCAGAUAACACUGAACCCACUCGUGUGAACCGUGUUAGCCGUGUCGUUUAUUCCUGUCAGUGCCUCGUUGGCGAUGUCCCCGAACACUUGGAUAGUCGAAAUGCCCGCGCAAAAAACGCGAUCACAACCGUAUCCGCGAAGAGUUUCUCCUUACAGAACUGCGUCUAUAAGGGAUGCCUUCACUAGGGAUAGCACGACAGUGCCAGAACCUGUUCCUUUAAGGAACCACGAUUACCCCGUGUUUGAGGACAUUCGCACUAUAUUAUCCGUGCUGAAGGCUAGUGGCUUGAUGCCUAUAUACGAACAAGUUUCCAAUUAUGAAGUGGGACCUCCGACCAAAACCAACGAGUUCUACUCCUUCUUUGUAAGAGGCGCCGUCCACGCCUUGACCAUCUUCAAUGUCUAUAGUUUAUUUACACCUAUAUCGGCGCAAUUAUUUUACUCCUACCGGGAGACCGACAAUGUGAACCAAUGGAUCGAACUACUGCUGUGCAUCCUAACCUAUACCCUUACCGUUUUUGUGUGUGCCCGGAAUACUAAGAGCAUGUUAAGGAUCAUGAAUGAAAUUCUGCAACUAGAUGAGGAGAUACGUCGACAGUUUGGCGCCAACUUGAACCAAAACUUUGGCUUCUCUGUGAAGUUUUUGGUGGGAAUAGCCGCCUGCCAGACUUAUAUCAUUGUCUUAAAAAUAUAUGCCGUCCAAGGAGUGAUCACACCCACCUCCUAUAUACUGCUAGCCUUCUAUGCUAUCCAAAAUGGCCUGACAGCCACGUAUAUAGUAUUUGCUUCGGCUUUACUCAGAAUUGUUUAUAUACGAUUUCAUUUUAUAAAUGAACUAUUGACUAAAUACACCUAUGGGCAGCAGAAUAAGCGCAAAGGAGGCGGAGGGAGGCGAGCGCGUGGUAAUAAUAAUAUUAACCCCAAUGCCGCUGUUAUGGAACAUUUCCCCGAGGACUCCCUCUUCAUAUACCGCAUGCACAACAAACUGCUGCGUAUCUACAAGGGCAUCAAUGAUUGCUGCAACCUGAUUCUGGUCUCCUUCCUGGGAUACUCCUUCUACACGGUCACCACCAAUUGCUAUAACCUUUUUGUUCAGAUCACUGCGAAGGGCAUGGUGUCGCCCAACAUUCUGCAGUGGUGCUUCGCGUGGCUCUGCCUUCACUUUUCCCUUUUGGCCCUGUUGUCCCGGAGUUGUGGUCUUACCACCAAGGAGGCCAACGCUACAGCACAAAUACUAGCGAGGGUAUAUGCCAAGUGCAGGGAGUAUCAGAAUAUCAUUGACAAAUUCCUAACCAAGAGCAUAAAGCAGGAGGUCCAGUUCACGGCAUACGGAUUUUUCGCCAUAGAUAAUUCUACGCUCUUUAAGAUUUUUUCGGCAGUCACCACAUAUCUGGUCAUCUUGAUACAGUUCAAACAGCUCGAAGACUCGAAAACUGAUGACCCCGUACCAGAGCAGACCUAAAUAUAACCUUUUAAUUAUUUCACACAUAUGUAUUUAUCUUUAUUCAACUUUGUCCUUAUGUUUAUUAGCACUACAAAUAUUAAAACCAUUUUAGUAAUUGCAAGUACGUGAGUCAAAGAUAUCAAAAGUUCUUGCUUUGUCAACUUAAUUUGAUAUAGGCAGCCAGAGAAUAAACUAUAAAUGAAAUUAUGAAUUAUAAAA